UCGUUGAUCUGCUGAGCUCAUGAGCUCAUCUGUGUUUCGCAAUUCGGGCUGUUUCUUUAUCUUUCAUCUCAACUCAGAUUGCUUGUUUUGAACACCUUUCUCCUCCUCGAGACAGCUAUGGCGGCGAAUAUGGAGCAAGUAGUGGCCAAGCAAGUGGUCCAGGUGGCAGAGGCCAUGGAGGCUGAGCUCGACCGUGAAAUCGAGAAGCUAGACAAAAUGGAUGAUGAUGACUUGGAGACGAUACGUCAGAAAAGGCUACAGCAGCUGAAGAAAGAGACUGACCAGAGACGAGAGUGGAUGCAGAAAGGACACGGUGAGUAUAAAGAAAUAGCUAGCGAGAAGGAGUUCUUUGGUGAGACGAAGAACUCUCCCCGUCUCGUCAUCCACUUCUAUCGACCCACUACUCAAAGAUGUGAUAUUGUGGACAAGCAUUUGAAAAUACUAGCACAAAAGCACUUGGAAGCCAAAUUCGUGAAACUGAAUGCAGAGAAGUCACCGUUCCUAACUGAGCGUUUAAACAUCAGGGUUAUACCAACCAUCUUGACCUUCAAGGAUUCUGUAACGAAUGACCGCAUCACUGGUUUCGAUGAGCUAGGCGGCACGGAUGAUUUCUCGACGGAAAUGCUUGAAUGGCGACUGGGCAAAAGGGGCUCAAUCAACUACAAAGGGCCUGCCGAACCACCAGCAAGCAGCGGCGCUGCCCGUAAGAAGCAUAUUACUGUGCUGAAGGGCAGCAGGCGGGCAAUCCGUGAUUCCGACUCUGAAGGCAGUGAGGAAGAUGAUCUGUAAAAUAUGCACUUUGACAAAUGGGAUUUUAGGACAGACAUUUCCAGUUCUCCUCUUGACAAUAUGAAAAUGCUGGUGACAUCAUUAUUCUGGACCCUACUUUUAAAACUCUGUACCUCAUCUCACUCUUCCAUGUUUGGAUACUGGGUUUUUUAUAUUCUGUUUUGUAUUUUUAAAUUGAUAUGAUAACAAAGUUUAUUGCACUUUCCUCUUUCCUUACUUUUUUCAUCAGUCAGCCAUAUGUUCUCAUGAAACACACAACUCUACUGUAUAUAACACAUAUUAUGCUCAUUUAGUGUUUUGUAGUUUUUUUCGUUUAUUCUAGAAUGAGCUUGUUUGAAUUCAGGACGGUCCAUGGCAAAGUCUAUGCUAGGUUUUGUAGUUUUAUUUCAUGGUGUUUUCAUUCUUGGUUUAUAGAGAUACUGUACUGUUCUUACUGGUAACCGUAUUGUAGUGUUAUGCUGCAGUGGUGACAGUCUGCACUUCACACUUGCAGUCAAGUAGCAGAUAUUGGUCAUAGAAAACUACACGUGUGAGAAUCAAUUCUUCCUAUCAGUGCC